GUUAGGGAAUGGGGUACUUCCUGUUUUACUUCAGUCAGACGUGCACUGCACUGCUUGUUGUCAGUUUCAACAAAAUGGCUGCUGGAGCACUGCGUAAGAGAAUCCGCUAAAUGCUUCAUGACAACAAUUCAGUGAACAACAUUUUUCAUGGAUAUCUGGGAAUUUCCUUAAUCUUCAUGCAUUGGACAUUCCAAGAGCAGAAGCAGGGAACACAAAUAGAGAACCAUUUGAUGGAAGAAAAGAAAAAGAAAAAGCAAGAAGAAAAGAAAAAGAAGGACGCUGCUCAGAAAAAGGCUGCUGAACAGAAAACCAAAGUGCCAGAGUCUGCCAAGCCCGGCCCUGCCCCUCUCCCCCCCACCAGCCCUCCCGGGCCCCCCAGCAGCGGCAGCAGUGGCAAUGGCAAGCGCGCUCCUUCCUCAUCCUCCUCUUCCUCCUCCUCCUCCUCCUCCUCCUGCACCUCUAGCGCUCCCCAGCAGCAGCAGACCCAGCAGCAGCAGACGGCCGGUCCGCGUUACCCGCCCCGAGAGGUGCCCCCGCGUUUCCGCCAGCACGAACACAAGCAGCUUCUGAAGCGGGGCCAGCCUCUCCCGCCCGGUACCCUGACCCUGACCUCUUCACCGGCGCCUCUGACCCCGGCCCAGCAGUCCUCUUCGGCCUCUGGCCCAACGUGCGCUGGCACUUCGCAGACACCAGCAGCCUCCAGUAAAGCUCCGGCAUCAGAUCUCCCUCUGCAGACUGCUCAGGGAGCUCAGUAUGAAAAUCCCCAUUGGGGACACCUACACACCAAUCGCAGUGCCACUACGACCAACACCAAUACCCUCAAUCCCAGCAGCAGUGGUGGAGGAGGAGGAGGAAGCAACUGGGAUCAACUGAUCAUCGACGAGAGCGACACCGAGGGGUGGCCCUCCAUAUCCCGCCGUGAGAGCCACACCCCUGCAGGAUGCCCCGCCACUUCUGACUGCAUCUCUGAGAGCAGCGGCGGCGGCAUCAGCAGCGGCAGCACAAGCAUGGCCUCCGGGCCCAGCCACACGGGCCACUUCUCAGCCAAUCACCCCAACGGCAAAGCCGGCGCUGGCCACUCCGGCGGAGCUCAGCUCCCUGGCCAGGGUGGUGGUGCCAAUAGGGGCUGGGGCUCCAACCCCACCCAGGGCCCCUUCCCCGACGGGAAGGGCGACGGUGCCGGCGGCUUGCCGAUAGGAGGAAGGUCCCAGCCCUGCUGGGGCUCCUCUAGCUUUAACUUGAACCUGAACCCCAGUGCCAACCCCUCGGCCUGGCCCGUCUUGGGCCACGAGGGGCCUGGUCCCGGGGGCGGCAGCUCUGGAGGAGGAGGAGGGGGAGGGACUAACCAGUCUCCCGGCGGCAAUAACCUCUGCAGUCCCUCUGCAUGCGUGACCCCCAAUCAGGGUGCCAACGGGAACCCUGCCUCCGGAUCAGGCAGCGCCUGGGGCGGCAUGAUGCCCGCCGAGGCCCAGGAGUCACACCGCCACCACUCCCCGUCCACGAAUGUGUCUUUCAGCUCCUCAGAACCUCAGAACCUUAACACUGAUGGACCAAAUCACACUAGGCAGCAGCAGCAGGAGACGCCCAACCCCGUCCAAGGCCUGCCGGCGUGGGGUACCGCUGGCGGCCAAGCCAUGUCUGGUGGAGCCUCACAGGUGAAUGGAGAGGACGUCUCUGCUUGGAACAAUGGCGACUCCAAGUCGGCCCCCUCCAAGGACUCUGGGUGGGAGUCAGCGACUGGCUGGGGUCAUGGCGGAAGUUCGGCGGCCAGUGGUGGUGGCACCGGCGGCUGGGGGCAGCCCUCCGGCGGAGACUGGGGAAAGCCCUCUGGCGGCGACGUCAAAGGCUGGGACGCGGUCAGUUCUCCCUCGCAGGAGCAGCUUGCUGGUUGGGGCCAAGGGGGGACUACACCGGCCAGUGAGGGCAGUGUUGACAGCCAGGACACGCAGCAGUCUAACAGGGAUGGUUCAUCUAGGAAAGAGCCUGUCCCAGUGGUGCCUGCGCAAGACCUGGACCCAAGGGUGCUCUGCAACACAGGCUGGGGUCAGACCCCGGUCCGGCAGCACACAGCCUGGGAGAUUGAAGAGGCAGCUCGUGCCGGGAACAAGAAUGACUCUGGCACCGAAGUCUGGGGCUCAUCCUCAUCCAGCAUUCCUUCUACUGGUCCUCAACCAAACACCAAUCCUGGACCUCCAUCAAUACCGGAACCAGCUGGAAAGAGCCAUGACUCCUGCUCCAGCAUUGCAGCUAACUCUGGCUGGGGAACUGUGAUGCCAACCCCCAACCAGUCUGGGGGUUCUGGAUGGGGAGAGCCUCCCAGCAACAAGAAACCCACCAAUGGGCCGAAUGGAGGCUGGAGCAACACACCUCCACAAGCAGGGGGCCCUGGGUCCGGCAUGUCCAAGAAUGGGCAGUCCUGGGGUUCGGAUGACAAGUCUCCCAGCUGGGACAAUCCCAACAACAACAAAGCCAAACCCCAGGGUUGGGGCGAUGGGCCCAAAGUGUCCCACAGCUGGGGUAAAGGAGGGGAUGGAGGAUCUGCCGGAGAUUGGGGAGAUCCAGGGGAUGGCAAGAAGAGAAGCCCAACCAGCUCGACCUGGGAGGGGGAUGGAGGAGGCUGGAAGGAUAGUGGCCACAACUGGGGAAAGCCUGCCCCAGCUGCAGGUGGAGGACCAGGCAUGAUUGGAGGAGGAGGAGGAAGUGGAGGAGGUGGAGGAGGAUGGGGUGAACCACAGAGACCUAGCGGCCCUUCCCAAGGCUGGGGCAGUAAGCCUCAGGAAGGCAGCAAUGGCAACACCAGCGGAGGAGGAGGAGGAGGAGGAGGAGGACGCAUGGGCUCAUGGAGUGGCCCCAACUCUGUGAAGCAGCCUAGCUCUGGUUGGGGUGGAGGAGGUGGUGGAGGAGUGAAGCAGGGACGCCCUGGGGAGCCCACAGGCUGGGAGGAACCCUCCCCACCCUCCAUCCGCCGCAAGAUGGAGAUCGACGACGGUACUUCGGCUUGGGGAGACCCAACCUCUUACAACAAGACGGUCAACCUCUGGGACAAGAACAACCCCGGGGGGAAGGGCAAGAGCGGGCCCACAGGGGGCCACAGUGGCGGCAGCAACAACAACAACCCACCCUCUGGCAACAACCCACCCUCCCACCACCUGCACCACCCCCACCACGGUCCACCUCCCAUGCCCAGCCUGAGCCAUAACCAUAAUCACAGCCAUGGCCCUGGCAACAACAACAAUGGCAGCUCACCUGAUGGUGGUGGUGGCCCUCAUCAACCUGGACCGCCACAUACCAGAGCACCUCUAAUGAAUCCAGGUUGGGGGGAAAUGUCCAACGUCCACUCGAAGCCAGAGCCUUCCUGGGGGGAGCCAGCGCCCCCUGCAGUCUCUGUGGACAAUGGCACCGCAGCCUGGGGCAAGCCCACUGGGAGCUGUGGAGGCUGGGGGGACGGUGGCCCCGAUGUCUACAGCCGGGGCAACCCACCCCCUGGACAAGCACCCUGCAAACCAGCCCCCAAAUCUAUGCAAGAUGGCUGGGGAGGUGGAGGGGAGGAGAUGGGCAUGUCUGGGAGCCAGUGGGAGUCUGAGGACGGGGACAUGUGGAACAGCACCACCCCCCAGGAGAGCGGCAACUCCUGCAACUCCUGGGGUAAUCCAGCCAAGAAGGGACCACCGAAGGGGAAGCUUCCCAGUAAGCCAGACGAGACCUGGAUCAUGAACCGCCUCAUCAAACAGCUGACUGAUAUGGGCUUCCCGAGAGACCCUGCGGAGGAGGCUCUGAAAAGCAACAACAUGAACCUGGAUCAGGCCAUGAGCGCCCUGCUGGAGAAGAAGACUGAACUGGACAAGCGAGGCAUGGGGAUCUCCGACUACAACAACGGCUUGGUCACCAAGCAGAUGGGCUGCAGGCCUCCGCUCAUCUCCAAAGACUCCUCCUCAGACCGCAACCCCCUCUGUGACAAGGAUGGCGGCCUGGUGGAAGACAACCACACCUCACCGUUUCUGCCUUCUCCCGGCCUGAAGCUCCCGCUGGCCAGUCCCUCCAUCCCUGGUCAGGGCCUGGGGGUCGCCAUGCAAAACUUGAACAACAGACAGAUGCAGAGUGGAAUGUUUGUGAGUAGUGGAGCGGCUCAAGCAGCGCGGGCCCUGCAGCAGCAGCAGCCUCCUCCUCCUCAGCCGUCAGUGCCGCCUCUCAGUUCCUCCCAGCCUAGUCUACGCGCUCAAGUGCCUCAGUUUCUCUCCCCUCAGGUUCAAGCACAGCUCUUACAGUUCGCAGCAAAAAACAUUGGACUCAACCCUGCACUUUUAACGUCACCAAUAAACCCUCAACAUAUGACCCUGUUGAACCAACUGUACCAGUUACAGCUGGCAUACCAACGUUUACAGAUACAGCAGCAGAUGUUGCAGGCACAGCGCAAUGUUUCUGGCCCCAUCAGACAGCAAGAGCAACAAGUUGCACGUACAAUCAACAACAUGCAGCAGCAGAUUCAGCAGCACCAGAGGCAGCUGGCCCAGGCUCUGCUCAUGAAGCAGCAGCAGCAGCAACCUCCUCCACCCCAGCCCACCACACACCCUGGCCUGCACCCCAGCGCCGGCAAAUCAGCCCUGGAUAACUUCCCAGGCCAGCCCCAGGCUCCAGGCCUCUCCGACCUGCAGACCAAAGAGACCCAGUCUUCUGCCAACUCCUACAGCCCUUACACACUCCCAGCCGGACUGAACCCCAACAUGAAUGUAGACUGCAUGGACAUGGGAGGGCUCUCCCUGAAGGAGCCGCCGCAGCCCCAGUCACGGCUGUCCCAGUGGACGCACCCCAACUCCAUGGAGACCCUCUCUGGAGGCUCCUCGCCCACGGAGCCCAGCCUCAGCAAGCAUGGUGCCAUAACUGCUGCCCCCAGUCUGGGUCCUCCGGGGAAGCCUCCACUGGACGACUCGUACAGCCCCUAUAAUCUGAUGUCCAGCACAGACUCGCCCACCAGCCCUCUGGUGCCACACGAGAGCUGGGCACCGGGCAAGAGUGCCAGCGACAAGAUCUCCAACGGGACCAGUGUCAGCUGGCCUCCUGAAUUCUGCCCUGGAGUGCCAUGGAAAGGACUACAAAACAUUGACCCCGAGAAUGACCCUAAUAUGACCCCAGGAAGUGUUCCCAGCGGACCAACCAUCAACACCAACAUCCAGGAUGUCAACCGCUACCUGCUCCGAGACCGGAGUGGAGGUACGAGAAGAGUCCAAGAGAGCUCCUCGCCUGUGUCCCCUGAGGCCGAGGCCUCGCUGGCUCCCUCGGGCGCCUGGCCCGUCAGUGCCUACGCUAGCCCCUUCCCUCUGUCCUCGCCCGAGGCAGACGACACAGGCAAGCUGUCGGACAUGAAGUCCACCUGGUCGCCGGGGCCCAUCUCGCACACGCAGCCCUCGCUGUCGCAUGAGCUCUGGAAGGUUCCGCAGCAGGGUCCACGCAGCACCGGCAUUUCCCUGACCCGGCCCCCGCCGGGCCUCACCAACCCCAGCAAGCCCACCCAGUCGUCCACCUGGGGUGCCAACUCCCUGGGCCUGGCCCCCGGCUGGAGCAGCUCGUACUCCUCAGGUACCACCUGGAGCACUGACAGCUCCAGCAGGACGAGCAGCUGGAUGGUGCUGAGAAACCUCACACCUCAGAUUGACGGCUCCACCCUGCGGACUUUGUGCAUGCAGCACGGGCCCCUGAUCACCUUCCACCUGAACCUGACGCAGGGCCAUGCUGUGGUGCGCUACAGCUCCAAAGAGGAGGCCGCCAAAGCCCAGAAGUCCCUGCACAUGUGUGUGCUGGGGAACACCACUAUCCUGGCGGAGUUUGCCAGCGAGGAGGAGGUGAACCGCUUCUUUGCACAGGGCCAGGCGCUCACGCCCACCACCAGCUGGCAGGCCAAUCAGCCCUCGGCCAAUCAGACGCGCAUGGGCGUGGCCGGCUCCUCCCACAACCCCAUGGCCCACUGGACCAGCAGCGGCGGCGGUCUGGGAGCCAACAUCGGAGGAGGUGGAGGGGCUCCUGGGAAGGCGGGGGGCGAAUUGCUGUGGGGGGCCGUGCCGCAGUACUCCAGCCUGUGGGGGCCCCCUGGGGGAGAGGAUGGGAGGGUGGUGGGCAGCCCCACCCCAAUCAACACGCUGCUUCCUGGAGACCUGCUGAGUGGAGAGUCCAUGUAGAGGGAGGGGCGGAUGGACAGACAGACGAAUGGACAAGUCCCUAAGGCUGCCUGCCCUCCCCCCCCCCCACCCACCCACAAUCCUCCAUCCUCCAUCCCACUCCACCCAGUCCUUCCAUACCCUACCCUGCCCACACCACCCACCCCACUGCCCUCUGGGAUUACCGGUUGUGGAGGAGUAUUUUUAAAGUUGCAAACAAAAAAAAAAAGAAUAUGACCGACAAACAAACAUAAAAUUCACUUACAGGAGCAAAAAACCAAGCAAAUGUUGUGGUGAUAAUCAGCGUCAAUGGAACUGUAAGAUACGAGACGGGAGGCAGAGGCAAUACAUGUCGUAGAGGCUGCUGACGUUCAUUCUACUUCUUUUGACUUCUGUCCAUUCUUCAGUCCUUGUUUCGUCAUUUCGGUGGAUUCCUGUUUGGGAUUUUUUUUGUGACUUUUACUUUUGUAUGUUUUUGGUCAGUGUUCUCUAAGACUUUGACUGAGAAGAGACACCGGCUACAGACACAACAGGAAAGGAGAACGUUUUUAACAGACUGAAACUCUUCUGAGUACUGGGAUGUGGGUGUGUAUGUGUUUUGUGUGUGUGAUUUUCAUGUGUAUUUUUGACUACAACUGAUGAGACAAGCUGCCAUUUUGAUGAAAAAAAAAUGAAACCAGAAGUCCCCCACCCCUCACUUCCUCAAGGCCCUAUUUGAGUCACCCUCUCUGGCUCUGACCAGCUCCGUAAGACAUCAUUCCAAGCCCAUCCUAGCCGCGGAACCAGUUUCAGCACCUUCUCGGACCGGUCCCCACUGGUUCUGCCGGUUCUGUCGCACUCGCAGCACUCGCAGCACUUAAACUAGCCUUAACUGCUCCCUAGUGUCCACCCCAAACCCCCAGCCCUCCCGAUCGACACCCCUCCUCAGUGGAUGUUGCCGGUGAAGUAUUGCACAGCCUUGUGUCUGAGCCAGAGCUGGGGUUGGGCGAGUGGGUGGGAGGGUGUCGGACGAGGGGAAUGUGACGCUACCAGAGAUGGGCCAGAUCUCUAACGGUCGGGUAAGGGGACACUCCCCCGUUCCCUUCCCAGUGUCCUGACCUCGGGCCUCGGAUGGGACGCCCACACCCCUCUGCCCUGAUCCCUCGGCCUCCUGCAGGUCACUCCUUAUCACAGUAGUCUGGCAGUGGGUCUGAGCAGGUGUUCUGGGGCCAAGGGCAUGUAUUUUGUGUCUGUAUGUGUGUGUGGGGGGUGUAUGUGUGACAAAUAUCAUGAUCAACCACUGCUCUAUGUUACUUUCAGGAACACUUUGAUUUCUCUGAUGCUGCACAGCUUUUUUUGUUAUCUUUUGUUUGUUUGUUUUUGUUUUGUGUUAUCGAUGAAGUGGACUACUGCAAACAACUCUGGUUCAGUUGGUUCUAUUCCUGCCAACCCGUCAACUUCAAAAGGGGCCAACCACAGCCUCCUCCGUCCAUCCACGCGCCAACCAAACACCGCUAAUGCCAGGCCGUCUCUGAGCGAACCAGGACCAGCACGGCAACCAUCAACCCAACCCAGCUCAACCCUACCUAAGCCUUGUCCUGCUAAACCCUGAAGGCCAUCUCAUCUGGUUCCUGAUUCUGGUGGAUGGAAAUUAACUAAGCACUUCAACCACCCUGACGCCCUUAAUCCCAGUCAGCCCAAACCAGCCAUUGUGACCCAGCAUAAACUUCAUAAAGGCCCUUAAAGGCUUCAUACCAAAUAAGACGGGAGACCCCCACCCAUCCCACCCCCUUUUUUUUUGUCAUUUUCAUCAAUAUUCCAAUCACGCUUAUUUCUACUUUGUGUAGGCAUACCAGGUACAAAACAAAAUGUACGCUAAUAAAAGACCGAUGGAGGGGAAGGAGGUUGUACCUAUAGCACUUAGUGUCGAGAGCCAAGCUCUACCGUCAAUGCCAACAAAAUCAGUGGAGUGGAGAGGCAAACACUGAGAAAAGGAAUGAACUUCUUAAAAAGCAAUCGACACUGCUUCUCCACAUCCUCUUUGAGGCUGUUCUAUGACUUCUAAAAAGGGUUUGGAAAAAACUCCCUUUUUCUAUUUUUGCUUUUUAUCCCAUCUUAGUCUCAGACCAUGAGGGUUGGUUUUUUUUUUUAAGAUAAAAAAAACUAGCAAAAUGAAGGGAAGAUAAAAAAAAAAAAAAUCAGAAAACAAAGACUGAAAAACAAUAUGAUUGAUGUUCAGACACGUGAUUUACUUUGAGUGGUUUUGGUCUUUCAAACUUAUCAAAGUUGAAAAAAAAAAAUACAAAUAUCACUGUUGGAAUGCUCUGAAAGCCUUUCCUAAGGAGGACGUAUUUCGGUGUACUGGUGCCAGCCGGGCGAAGUCCCAGCACCCAUUGGGGCCCCCCUGACUGUGGGCUCUCAGCCAAGCCUGUAUGACAAGAGUGGCCAUCGAGUGCCUAUCUGCUGUGGAGCCCGCGGCCCCUGCCACGCGGUGACUCUGCCACUCUGCUCUCUGCCAGCUCCUGCCCUCACCCACCUACCACACCCUCCGACCGCCAUCCGGUCUGGACCUUUGCGACCCCCCCACCCUACCCAGUCCUCAAGCCUGGCAGAGAGCAGCUCUCUAAGAACUGGCCAAUCAGGUACUACUGUGCCAGCACUCGACCUCAGCUCAAAGACUUGACUCGUACAUUUACUCGUUCCUCUCAUGCAAAGAUCACUUUAGCUGGAGGUGGACAGAUAUGGCGUGUUUUUUGUUUGUGUAUUUGUUUGUUUUUUGUCUUCACUUGUCUGUCGUUUGGAUAAUCGCCAGUGGGUUUUUUUUUUUUCAUUGUUUUUUUUUUUCUGUGGGUCAAGGUUGCGGUUAUUCUUGUGAUGGAGUUUUGAAAAAUCAGUCUCGGUAUCUUUUGUGUGUUGGACAGAUUGUGUAUGCGUGCUUUGUCCAUGCAGUGGUCUUCAAAGUAGCUGCUCACCAGCCUCUCUCCCUGGCUUCUUGCUGUGUCCACACACACACACAUACACACACACACACACACACACCCACACACGCAAAAACACUUAGGCGAGAGGUGCAACCGCAGUACUGCGCAACCCGUGCUGGGUGUCCACUAAAUCAAUACUACAUAUUUGAACGUCGUCUCGAUACAUUUUCGUUUUUUCUCUUCACUGAUGGACAGAGGUUCUAAGAACAAACCCUGGCAAAAUGUCGAAGGUUUUUUUUUGUUGUUGUUGUUGACGACUAUUUUUUGUUUGUUUUGUGUUUUUGAAAGGUGACAUAGUAGUGGUUAUGCUGGGUGGCCCUUGGCCUGUCACAUCCUCUCCUCUCCUUCUGCGGUGCUCGUGUUUACCACACCCCCAUACAGGUGCUUCUCUCGAAAAGGCAGGCACGGCUCAUUGCUACCCGUCAUCCACUCUCUACUCCAACCGCCACCAACCGCCAGUGCUUUUCUCAUAUCACGAAAGUGAAGCGCGCCUCAUUCGCACACCUGCAGCUCGUACUUCUAUGCAAAGACCAAGAGGUGAAUGUUAUAUAUUCAAACCAUCCUCAUCUUAUUCGAAGCGAUCAGCUGAGAAGCCAAGCAAGUAGCUCUUUUCUUAAUGCACAGAUGUCCUCAGUCCGAGUCUCGCACCUGUAAAAACACCAUGAGUCAUUUGUGGUUAGUUCAUGACAUGAGCCGGUUAGAUUCUAUUGUCAAAACCCAUCCCCCGCCAAACAGACUCGGUGGAGAAGAAGAUCGUUUUAGGUGUAGCUUCCUGUGUAUUUUACUGACGCAGUAUGUUCUGAGGUUCAUGAAAGCCACAACACAAACAGUUGACCCAGGGAUGGAAACGGUUGUUAAGGGUUGUGGAAACUAGACGCCCAGCAGCGCAAGAACAAGGCAAGAAAGCUAUCAGAACCUUUCGCCUUCUCGAGGUCUGUAGAGAUCUCUGACAGAGUAGGGACCCUAUGGGAGAAUGGAGGAGAGGCAGGGCGAUGGGAUGGCAGGCUAUGGGCUACCCAGAGACAAGUAAUGUUUGGUCCCAGUUAUCAAGAACUUUGUCCCUGGGACCAACCCAACGAAACAGGGAUUCCAGAAUGCUGAGGUGCACUGUUGAUGGUCACAUCGGGUACAUCUUUCUUUAAACCAAAAAAGGAGUUGUUUUUCUCUCUCUCCUUCUCUCUUUUUAUGUUGGCACUUUUUUAUGUCUACUAUUGUGUCUGUAUAUUGAGUCCUUUAGCAUGUGUAAGUUUCAGCAGUAAGCUGAAGUGGUUUUCUCCAAAGGGCCUUCAUUAUCCCCCCAUAGAUCAACUAGCACAGAAGGUUCGAUGGUGGUCCAACAUAUUACACAAAGUUACAUUUCCAUGGAUCAGGAGAGCAGGGACACAUCUCAGUCGUUACCAAGUCUUAACGAGAAGGAAGCAAAUUGUUUCUUUUUUUCCCCCAAUGAUAUUAAUUCAUGAGUGACAUUAGCAACAAUCACUAUUGCCUGUUCUCUGAAACUGCCUUGAUUCUAGACUGGACACAAGGCCGCAAGAUGGUCCAUGAGAAGUUUUUGUGGUGGUGAGGGAAUGGGCUGGGAUUGGGGCAAUAUUUCAGAGGCACCCAGGAUUCCGAACUGCUGCACCAGCACUGAGAGGCAGCAUCCUCUUUCUCUUCCUCUCUCUCUCUCUCUCUCUCUCUCUGCAGCUAGCCCACCACAAGUGGCAAACCAGCUCCCAUUGUGUGCAUGGAAUCAUAGACUCCCUUUUGGGCCACCCCCUUCUUUUAUUUUCAGUGGCACAGAUUCCAGUAACUGGAGGAAUGCCUGCUUCUCAAUCAUAUGUGGAACUGGGGUGGAGGGAGGCCAGUCCUUCUCAUGGAGCGGGGGAUGUGAGCCUCUACCUCCGCAGGGGCUAAGGGACAAUAUGCACACACUGGCUUAUAUAUACAUAAAUAUCUUACAUUUAUGUGAGAAUGGAAAACAAGGUUUGUCCUCUUACAUGAAGCUUCUUCCUUAGGCCCCUGUUUUAAUCACCCAUUUUCAAACUCAUUUGUCCCACUCUCCAUUUCCCAAAAAGAAGUCAAAAGACCUCAAACAUAUCAAUAUGAUACAAGAUAUUGAAAAUAAAACCAAUACUUGAAUGAAAAAGAAAGCGCCAAUAAUUAAAUGUGAAAUCUUUUUUGUAAUAAUUUUGUCUCAUUCAUACACUUCCAAGUUUUUUGAUAUUGGUUCAAAAUAAGUAAAAAAAAAAAAAAAAAAAGUUUUUUUUUUAUGGAAAAAAAUGGCAAAAUUACAUCUGUUUAAUGUGAGUGUUUGCACAAGGUUGUGUGUACUGUACGCUAGAUGAACGUGAUAGUAUGCAUACAUAUGCCAAGAGAGGGUUGGUUCAGACAAGAACGCGUGCUUGCGAUUUACAGCGGAUUACCCGUUUCUUUUAUUUUUUUAUUCAGUGUCUCAUAGUUUUUAGGUUUUUCUUCAUUUUUUUUGCGCUCAUGAAAAACAAAAUCCUCUAUAUUCUGAUGUAUAAUGUUGUUAUUAGCUUCUAGCGUUGCACUGACUGUGUCGGCUGACCCUCGUUCAGCUAAUUGUACACCACGAAAUGACAAACAAACUGAGGGGAGGCGGUGACAAUUCACGUGUAAAUGUUUACUCGAGGUCUUCACAAGAUACAAAAAAAGUGUGUUUUCUCUUUGUUAUUAUUAAAUAUGUACUAUGUUAUAUCUACCUUUUAGUGGCUUUUAUUGUGGAAUAAUGUAAGAAAACAUUUUUAAGGUCAGCAGAUAAUGAGUAUUGCACCAGUUUUUUCCCCCUCCCAAUUAUUAAAAGAAAAAUAUUGAAAA